AUGGCACAGCUUCAGCUUAUUGAGGACAUGACCCUAAAUAGGAAGGUGUGGAGAUCGAUGAUUAAGCUAGAGGGUUUUGUGAAGAAAAUGGACGAUGUGUUUGUGACUUUGAGAUUUAACCACGGAGGUAAUUUAGAAAAAAUCCCUCGUAUUAAGUAUGUUGGAGGUAGUGUGACAGAUUAUUUUGAUGUUGAUCUUGAUAAAUUCUCUUAUUUUGAGCUUGUUUACUAUGUUAAAGAAAUCGGUUAUAAUGUUUCAUCUUGUUGUGGUAGUCAAACAUUUGAGGGUAGUGAAGGCUUAGGGUUUGAAGAGGCUGCUGGUGGGACUUCAGCUGCUACUGCAGCUGAUGAUGGUAAUGAUUCUGACUUAGAAAGUGAGAGUGAAUCUGAGGAGUCUGACAAUGUAGUGGUAGAGGAAGGAAAAUUGGGUGGAGAUGAGCCAUUUUAUGACUCAGAUGACCCAGGUAGCUUUGAAAUAGAGACUGAUGAUGAAGCUGAUGACGAAGAUGUGGUUGAAAAGCCUACUAAAAAGUCAAGGAGACUAAAAAGAAUUAGAAAUAGGGUUAUUUUUUAUCCUAAGUGUAAAGAAAUAGUUUGGGAGAUUGGUCUUGCAUUUGAAAGUGCUAAACAGUUUAGGAAAGCACUUACUAGGUAUGCAGUUCAAGAACAUGUAGAGUUGGAUAAAUAUGUCAAUGAACCAACUAGGGUGAGGGUAAAGUGUACUGCUGGCUGUCCAUGGUUAUUGUUUGCCAGUUUUGAUUCUAGAACAAAAGAUUUUGUUGUGAAGAAUUAUAAUCCUGUUCACAAGUACAAUGGCACAACAAAGAACAAGUUGGUAAAUUCUUUGUAUAUUUCAGAAAGGACUGUGGCAAGGAAAGCCAGAAGCAUUGUUUUGCAACAAAUCAUGGAUGACAAUGUAGAGGAGUUCAAAAGAAUUUUGGAUUAUAGGGAUGAGCUUUUAAGGACUAAUCCAGGUAGCACAUGUGUGGUUAGGCUGCGUGAAGAAACUUUUGAAGGUGGAGUCAAAAGGUUUCAGUCCUUUUACAUAUGUUUUGAUGCCAUGAAGAAGGCAUUCAAGGCUGGUUGUAUGAGGGCAUUUGGGUUGGAUGGGUGUUUUUUAAAAGGUGUUAGUAAAGGGCAAAUGCUUGUGGCUGUUUGUAAAGAUGGGAACAAUCAGAUGCUACCACUGGCUUGGGCAGUGGUUGAAGUUGAGAAUGCUUUUACUUGGAGAUGGUUUGUCAACAUUCUAAGGCAUGAUCUUGAGCUUGGAGAUGAGACUGGUUUGACAACUCUUUCAGAUAUGCAAAAGGGUCUGGAUAUAGCCAUUAAGGAUCUGCUGCCAAAUGCAGAACAAAGAAUGUGUGCAACACAUGUGCUUGCCAAUUUUUCCAAAAAAUGGAAAGGCAUAGAAAUUAGAAACUACUUCUGUAGAUGUGCUAAGUCCACAUAUGAGCAGGAGUUGCAAAAAAAUUUGGAUCAUAUGGAGAAGUUAGGUGAUGGAAUAAAUGGAGAUUUGUUGUAUUACAACACAGAUAGGUGGUCCAAGGUCUACUUUAAAUACCUCAGCAGUUGUGAUAGUGUUGACAACAACAUGGCCGAGAGUUUUAAUUCUUGGAUUUUGGGGCCAAGGCACAAGACCAUUAUCACAAUGCUUGAGGAAAUUAGGGUCAAAAUGAUGAGAAGGGUAGGACAACUAAGAGAGUUUUCUGAGACUUGGAUAACAAACAUCAGCCCAAUGGCUUUGAAGGUAUUGCAAGAGAACACAUCAAAGUCAAUGAAGUGUACUCUUGAAUGGAAUGGUGAAUAUGGCUUUGAGGUCAAGGACAGUUGGGGUAAUAAAUUCAUAAAUCUGAACAGCAAUACCUGCAUUUGUAGAUCUUGGAUGCUGAAAGGUAUUCCCUGCUAUCAUGCCAUAGCUGCACUUCAUUUCAGAAAAUUGGAACCUAUUCACUAUGUUGCACAUUGGUACACUAAGGACACUUACCUUAAAACAUACAACUCAUUCAUUCAACCUGUUACUAAUAUGGCAAUGUGGCCAAAGUCAAUCAAUCCUCCCACCUGA